AUGUUUUAUAUAAGAAGAGGACUACAGUAUUUUGUAAAUAUAAUUACAACCAUCAAUAACAAUAUCAAUAACAAUAACAAUAACAAUAACAAUAACAAUAACAAUAACAAUAACGAUGGUUUAUUCGGUAAUAACACCUACCAACAAUCUACACCAGUCCACUAUAAUUUUGAUGGUGAUAUUGAUCAACAAGCCCAACAACAACAACAAUAUACACCAGACCCAAACCCAAACCUAAACCCACUCCCACACCCACAACACGCUCCAACAACCAACCACAAUUCUGAUGAUGAAAAGGAUCAAAAAAACCAACAACAACAACAACAACACCAAAAUCAACAUCAACAACAACAACAACAAAAGGUAAUAGCUAUGGACACAAAAGAAGAAAUUGAAAAAAGAGUAAUGCUAAAGGUCCAUGAGGCUUGGAAUGAAUUUAAUGAAAUAGCUGAAAAAAGAAACAAAACAGAUUACAAUGGUCCAACUCUUUUAUUGACAAAUUACAGCGAAAGUGAACAAAUGAAAAAACUUAAAAGAGAAAAAGAUGAAAAGAGACCAAAAGAAAAUAGAAAUAAAAGAAAAGAAAGGGAUAGAAACAGAGAAAGAAGAGAUGAAAAAAUUAAACGUAAAAAAAAGAAAAUUAAAAUUUCACCAAAUGAUGAUUCGAUGAUGGAUGAAGAAAGAGAAAGAGAUAAAUCACAAAAUAAAACUUCAGUAUCACCACCCGCUCUUUCAAUAUAUCGACCAGGAGAUCCAAUUGAUACAGAUGAAGACUUCUUGGCCAUAGUAAAGAAAAAUAUGAAACUCUUUGAAUAUCCCGAAAAAAACCAAUCCAAUGACGAUAUAUAUUACGUAGAAAAAAUUCUUUCCAUGCGUAUACGUGGUGGUAUAAAAGAAUAUUUAAUCAAAUGGGAGGGAUAUGAUGUUAAAGAGGCAACCUGGGAGGCCGAAAGUGAUUGUUUUUGUACAGAUUUAAUAGAAGAAUAUGAAGCAAGCCAAGAAUCAAAAAAAUAA